AUGACAAGCACAAAGUUUCUGAUUCCCGUUGUUUUCAUACUAGUUUUGGGUGGCUUAGGAAUAUGUUGUGCCGCCAGAACACUGAAUAAUCAUGGCGAUGAUGGUGUUGCUGCUCCACAUCUCUUGAAAAAUGGCCGAGUUCAUGCUGCUAGAGGAAGAUGCCGGGAUAUUGAUAGAGGAGUUAGUGUUGGGUACUGUGAUAAAAUAGGAAAAGGUUCUGGCGGCGGACAAGGUUAUGCUGGUGGUGGUGGAAAAGGUGCUUCAACUGAUGAUCCCGGUGGAUAUGGUGGAACAGGUGGAGAUGGUGGUGGUGCUGGUGAUGGUGCCGGAGAUGGAGGAUAUCGUGGCAUAGGUGGAAAAGGAGGAGCUGGUGGAGACGGUGGUAAUGGUGGAAACGGAGGAGACGGUGAAAACGGUGGAAAUGGAAUAAAUGGAGGUGGUGGUGGGGGAGGUGGCGGCGGCGGAGGAGGUGGGAUAGGUGGUGAAAGAGGUGAAGAUGGGGGAAGUGGUGGUGGUGGCUAUGGUUAUCAUCACCCUUAG